AUGCCAAAUGUGACCCUAGUGACCACGUUCUUCCUCUCAGGUAUUCCCCAUGCACCAGCCCUGGACACCAUGCUCUUUGUAACCUUCUUGGUGAUUUACAUUCUCACUGUGCUGGGCAACUUCCUGAUUCUGAUGGUAAUCAGGGUGGACUCCCACCUCCACACACCCAUGUACUACUUCCUCAGCAACCUCUCCUUUAUUGACAUGUGGUUCUCCACAGUCACAGUACCCAAAAUGUUGAUGACUUUGGUGUCCCCAAGGGGCGGGGCUAUCUCCUUCCAUAGCUGUGUGGCACAGCUCUAUUCCUUCCACUUCCUGGGUAGCACUGAGUGUUUCCUGUACACAGUCAUGUCUUAUGAUCGCUACCUGGCCAUCAGUUACCCUCUCAGUGGUCCUGUGUUUGUGUGCAUAGAUAUGAAAACAUCGAAAACAAGGUUUAUAAUAUGA